AUGUCUGAAUUCUCAGACUGGUAUUUUGGUGUACCAGAAAUCACCAGAUACUGGUUUACCGGAAGUGUCGUUUUUCCACUGCUAGGCCGAUUUGGUUUAUUCAGUCCUUACUUAAUGCUUCUUGAAUGGAAUCUUUUUUUUCACAAAUUCCAGAUAUGGCGACCAGUAACAGCAUUAUUUUAUUAUCCACUAACGCCUUCUUCGGGUUUUCAUUGGCUAUUAAUGUUGUAUUUUAUGUAUAAUUAUUCUCGUGGCAUUGAAACUGGACUCUUUGAUGGUCGACCAGCCGACUACCUUUCCAUGCUUAUUUUCAAUUGGAUCAUUUGCACCAUAAUAUGUUUGGCGGCUGGUGUGUAUUUCCUACUGGAACCAAUGGUUCUUAGUGUGUUGUACAUAUGGUGUCAAAUGAACAAAGACCAAAUUGUGCAAUUUUGGUUCGGAACACAAUUUAAAGCAAUGUAUUUACCAUGGAUACUUGUCGGUUUCAAUAUGAUUCUUCGAGGGGGUGGUAUGAAUGAAUUAAUCGGGAUUCUCGUUGGACAUGCUUAUUAUUUCUUGAUGUUCAAAUACCCGCAGGAUUUCGGCGGUCGCGCUUUUUUGCAGACGCCACAAAUCUUGUACAGAUGGUUCCCAAAUCGGACGAGCGUUGUCCACGGAUUUGGUCAGGCACCAUCAUACAGAAGAACAGAUACAGGUGACGGUGGAGCAGGUAGACAUAACUGGGGACAAGGCCGUCCGUUAGGCGGUCCAGACUGA